GAAGUGCGUAAUGAGUGAGGUCACGUAGAAGGAGGAAACAGACCUCGACGGCUAAGAUGGCGGAGGAGCAGCAGGAAUCAUCACAGGGAGAGAUGGAGGGAGUGAACUGCCUCGCGUACGACGAGGCCAUAAUUGCUCAACAGGACAGGAUUCAGCAGGAGAUUGCCAACAGUAACCCUUUAGUGUCGGACAGACAGGACCUGACGGUGCUGCAGAGAGAGUACGCUGAGGAUGACACGGUUUAUCAGCUCAAGAUCAAGGACCUACACAAAAAAUACUCGUACAUUCGUAAGACGCGGCCCGAUGGGAACUGUUUCUACAGAGCCUUUGGGUUUGCGCAUCUUGAGUCGCUGCUAGAUGACAGCAAAGAACUUCAGAAGUUCAAAGCGGUUGCAGCUAAAAGUAAACUGGACCUGGUUAACGAAGGUUUCACUGAGUUCACCAUUGAAGACUUCCACAAUACUUUCAUGGACCUCAUCGAGCUAUGUGAGAAGACGCCCAGCCUGCAGGAGCUGCUGAGCUCCUUCAACGACCAGAACGUGUCGGACUACGUGGUCGUGUACCUGCGGCUGCUCACCUCCGGCUUCUUGCAGCGGGAGCACGGCUUCUUUCAGCACUUCAUAGAGGGAGGACGCUCUGUCAAGGAGUUCUGUCAGCAGGAGGUGGAGCCAAUGUCUAAAGAAAGUGACCACAUUCACAUCAUCGCCUUAGCCCAGGCCCUGGACGUAUCCAUCCUGGUGGAGUACAUGGAUAGAGGAGAAGGAGGAACAGUCAAUCACCAUGUCUUCCCUGAAGGCGGCGACCCACGCAUCUUCCUCCUCUAUAGACCUGGCCAUUACGACAUCUUGUACAAAUAACACUCCUGGCCAUAGCCCACCACCACCACCACCACCACCACCACCUCGUCCUCCUCCUCCUCCUCCUCCUCCUGCUGUUCCCCGACAGCAGCGCAUUCAGAAAUAACUUCAGCAGCCACGUUGAUGAAGCAUACAUCCGUGUAUGAGAUUACACUCAUCUAUUUAAAGUUUAAAAAAAAAGGAAAAAAAAGAAGUUACGAUCACAUUACAUGUCUCCUUUUCCCCCCCUCGCCCCCCUCCUCCCGUCCCCAAAAGAAUCCCGAGUUUACCUUCAGCCAUCACAAAAUGGAUAAAUAAGAAAUCUUUGGAAAAAAAAAUAGAAGUGACUCCAGCCAUUUAGAGUUGUACAGGUUUUUUUUUUCUUUUGUGGUUGUAAAUGUUAUCUACUUGCUUAAUGUUUGAUUCCUUUGUUACACUGCGUUUCAUUGAGUUUUAUUAAAGCGAUUUACAUCUUA